GUUUUAAUGGAUGUCAUUAACCUUCUGCCUGCCUGCCCUCCCUCAGGGAAGAAGGCUGCUAUGGAUUCCAGCCCCUUUCUGUCAGAGGCCAAUGCAGAAAGAAUUGUGAGGACCCUUUGCAAGGUUCGGGGAGCUGCCCUGAAGUUGGGCCAAAUGCUGAGCAUUCAAGAUGAUGCCUUCAUCAACCCUCACCUGCAGAAGAUUUUUGAGCGUGUCCGCCAGAGUGCAGACUUCAUGCCUUUGAAGCAAAUGAUGAAAACUUUGAACAAUGACCUUGGCCCUAACUGGCGUGAUAAGCUAGAGUUCUUUGAGGAGCGACCCUUUGCUGCAGCCUCAAUUGGACAGGUUCACCUGGCUCGCUUGAAGAAUGGCACAGAAGUUGCCAUGAAAAUCCAGUAUCCUGGUGUGGCCCAAAGCAUCCACAGUGAUGUCAGUAAUCUGAUGACUGUCCUUAGUAUGAGCAACGUUCUCCCAGAAGGUCUCUUCCCUGAACAUUUGAUUGAAGUUCUGAGCAGAGAAUUGGCUCUGGAAUGUGACUACAAGAGAGAAGCUGCCUGUGCGAAGAAAUUCAAGGAGCUGCUUAAGGACCACCCAUUCUUCUAUGUCCCUACUGUGGUGGAUGAACUGUGCAGUCCGCAUGUCCUGACAACUGAACUGGUGUCUGGGUUUCCACUGGAUCAAGCAGAAGGAUUAAGCCAGGAGAUCCGGAAUGAGAUCUGCCAUAACAUACUGCUUUUGUGCCUGCGGGAACUUUUUGAGUUCAGAUACAUGCAGACUGAUCCAAACUGGUCCAACUUCUUCUAUGACCCUGAACUGCACAAGGUGGCACUUCUGGAUUUUGGAGCAACCAGAGGUUUCGAUCUGGAAUUCACAGAUGUCUACAUUGAGUUAAUCAAGGCAGCUGCUGACAUGGACAGAGAGAGAGUGUUGAGGAAGUCGAUAGAAAUGAAAUUCCUGACUGGUUAUGAAAUAAAGGCCAUGGAAGAUGCCCACCUGAAUGCUGUGCUCAUCCUGGGAGAAGCUUUUGCAUCCAGUGAACCUUUUGACUUUGGCUUGCAGAGCACAACUGAGAAGAUCCAUGGCUUAAUCCCAGUCAUGCUGAAGCACAGGCUGGUCCCUCCACCAGAAGAGACUUACUCUCUCCACCGGAAAAUGGGUGGUUCCUUCCUCAUAUGCUCCAAACUGAAAGCCAGAAUUCCAUGCAAGAACAUGUUUCAGGAGACUUACAGUAAUUAUUGGAGUAGAAGGGCCAGAAAGGAACAGUAACACAGAAUAACUGUCAGUUGUCAUUUUGCUUUUUUUAAUGGCCAAUCAUCCACAGUGCAAUUUCUUCUGUCAUACCUUCAGAAUCUCCUUAACAGUACAACAGCCGGCCUUU